AUGCCGGUCCUCGUCGAGUUCGACCCCAUUGAGCUCCUCUCCGGGGAGGAUAAUCGCCUCAAGAGACAGGCCCACUGCAUGAAGGUCAAAAGCUGUGCGCCCACCUGGGCACACAAGGUCACGCUCUUCCAGUGUGCCCACCAGAGCGACCUCGACCCCAGAAGACACAUCACGUACUGGGCGUGGAACGAAAAGGGCGAAUGCUUCGGCCCCUACCACGAGAACUUCUCAUACCAGCAAGAACAGGACUUCAUAGCCAUGAUUGAGAGCCGGCCUGCUCCUGUAUCUACUUCCUCGUCUUCAUCCGUCUCCAGUACCUCGAGUACUGGAUCUGCAAAGGCCCGCGAACCAGCGCUGUCAAAGGAUCCCCUCGAUGACGACAACGGCAAGCCCUUUCAACUGGUGACUCGCAAGCGGGGCAGGUCCAGCUAUUCGGCUGAGAAGGUCCAGUCUAUCGGUAAUAUUCGUUUCUAG